UAUUUAUAACCAUGCUUUAGUGAGAGAUCCAGGAUCUAUUGCUGGCCAGGAGGUGGAGGCACUCAGAGGGUGAGAUUGACAAGCUCCAUGUGCCAAAUGACACUGGCCGCUUACCAAAAGUGGAAUCAAAACGGCUGGCAGUAGUCUGUUCAAGCAGCUGGAGGUCUGGAAGACUAUGGCGUGUGGGUCUUGCUGGACUGAACUCUCUUAUGCAUGAGCACCAGGUGGAGAGGAGACAGGAGAAAGGAGUUUCAGGGUGGACCUCAGAAGACAAAUGCCACUUGCAGCAAUGAAAGCAGGAAACAUCAUUCCUUAAGAGCUGGAGGUUUAAUUUAAGGAGAGGACAUUUGUCACCAAAAGAAAGAAAACACGCUGAUAUCAUGGUUGCUGAAGAAGAGGUGGUUGUCACUCUCUCUGGAGGGGCCCCGUGGGGCUUCCGGCUCCAGGGCGGCUCUGAACAGAAAAGGCCCCUUCAAGUAUCGAAGAUUCGCAAAAGAAGUAAAGCGUGCCGUGGGGGGCUGUGGGAAAAUGAUGAGCUCGUGUCCAUCAAUGGAAAGCCAUGUGCUGGUCUCUCCCACGCUGCGGCUAUGCAGAUCAUCGACUCCUGUAAUGGCCUGCUCAGCAUUGUUGUGAAAAGAGCAGCUAGUGGGGACUUGUCUGACGUGAGACUCCUGCGUUCCCCUUCUCCAAGGCAACUGCAAAGCAAUUCCAAGUUAGUUUCACCACCACCUCUGCUCAGCCAGGUUUCUCAAGUGCGCAGUCCUGAACCGGCAGGUCCCCGUGUUGCUCCAGAACCUGAGCAGCCACCCCGGAGACAGAAGCACUUGGAGAACAUCACAUCCCCUCCAGACAGCGAGGCGUACUAUGCCGAGACUGACAGUGAUGCUGACAACAUUGCUCAGGAAAAGCACCGGAGAGCUCGCAAGAAGAGCCCACGUUCUCCUCCUGAGGGGUCGAACAAUAAAAUGGGUGAGACACAGGAUGAAGUGUCGCUAUCAGAGCUGAGUGGGUAUGACAGCACACCUGAGGCAAUCACACAAGCUGGAGAAGGUGGAGUGGCCAAGAGGGAAAUUGUGUGUCAGCCGGGAAGCCGCACAGACACCCCCUUCUCCGAGAGUGAAGUUCUGCUACAGCCCCCGUUACUGGAAGACAGAGAGGCUUCCCCAGAGGCCAUGCUUUUACCACACGCCACUAAGACCAUUCGUGCGGAGAGGCACCUCAUCCCCAUGAUAGGGCCUGUGGAGCAUCCUGUGGAUGAAGACCUGACUACCAGCUACAUGGAAAAAGCCAAGCAAGCCAAGCUUCACCGCAGUGAGAGCAUGCAGGAAAAAAAUGUGAAAGAAGCCAAAACCAAAUGCCGAACGAUUGCGUCCCUGCUGACGGAUGCCCCCAACCCCCAUUCCAAAGGGGUUCUGAUGUUCAAGAAGCGCAGGCAGCGAGCUAAGAAGUACACUCUGGUCAGCUUUGGGAGCGUUGAUGAAGAUCGCUGUUACGACGAAGAAGAUGGUGUCUUCCCAACCAGUGAGUCCGAAUUUGAUGAGGAAGGCUUCUCUGAUGCUCGGAGCUUAACCAACCACUCUGACUGGGACAACACCUACCUCGAUAUUGAGAAGCCCAAGGAACAUCCCGCCGAUAAGCAGGCCCAGCCAGAGCAAGGCCUCCCUGAAGCCUCAGGCAGGGGAGUGCAGAUGUUUGAGCAGCAGAGGCAGAAAGCUGGCAAACAUACUUUGGAGAAAGUCCCUGCACAGACACCUGAGGAGCAGCCCCAUGUCCCCACCACCCUGUUGACAGACAGAGCAGGGAGCAAUGAAGCACCGACUCCACACAAGGCAGAAAAGGCCCCAUUAAAUGUCCAUUUGGAAUCCAUACAGGUCUCCCGGCAGCUACCAUCCCCUAACCCUGCUCAGCUCCAGUCGCCAUCUGGCGUCACUGGAGGAGGUGCAACCAUCUCCCCCAGCACCACAAAUAUCUUUAACAGAUCUGCCCGACCUUUCACUCCUGGUUUCUCUGGGGAGCGUCCUAUGACUUCCUCUGUUGUCUUCAGACCAUCAGUGCCAAAGAAAAGCAGUGAGGGUCUAGCUGGGCAGAGAAUACCUGUGCCUUCUUUCUCUCCAGGGACCGCUGGGCUUGCUUCCACUCCGUCAGCAAUACAGUCUAAUGGCCCAGCAAGCACAUCUGUGUCUCUGUAUAUCCCAACCACCCCAUCAUCAGGGCAGCCAACAGUGGCUGGGAGCUCCGCGGAGGCUAGGCCGCUUCCCAGCACAGCCAGAACUUCCACGGCUUCUAUAUACCUGUCAACUCCUGCUAAGCCAGCUGCAGCUGCAGUCCCCACGGCAUGCCCUCCAUCACGUCCUUCACAACCUCAAGAGACAACUUCUUGCACUGUGUAUGUUAGCCCGGCCCCUCAGCAGCAAAACCAGCAACCCACCCAGUCCUUCAACGGGAUUGCACCAGCUACACCCCAGCCGGCACCUGAACCCUUUGCCUCCAGGGAGCAGAGGGUUUCAGUUCCAGCUCCCAGAACCGGGAUCUUGCAGGAGGCCCGUCGGCGGAGUGGUAAAAAGCCCAUGUUCAAGUCUGUGGAGGAAAAGAAAAAGAAUUCCCCUAAUCCGGAGCUACUGUCCCUGGUACAGAACUUGGAUGAAAAGCCCAAGGCAGAGCAGCACGGGGCAGGGUUUGAGUCUGGCCCUGAGGAAGACUUCCUCAGCCUGGGAGCUGAAGCCUGCAACUUCAUGCAGCCAUCAGCCCGGAGGUUCAAGACCCCACCUCCAGUUGCCCCUAAGCCCCAGGUGAAUGGGUCCUCUCCUCCCCACGAUUUGUCCCAUUUGAGAGGGAAGGGGGCGGAGCUUUUUGCUAAGCGACAGAGCCGCAUGGACAGGUUUGUGGUGGAAGCAGCGCCAACAUCAGUCCCCAAACCCAGAACCCCGUCUCCAGCUCCCUCUCUGCCUUCUUCUUGGAAAUACUCCCCAAACAUCCGUGCUCCACCCCCCAUAGCUUAUAACCCGUUGCACUCCCCGUUUUACCCCCUAGCAGCCAGCAGAUCUCAAGCCAGCAAGGCAGAGAGCAAGGUGAAAAAAGCACCCAGUCAGAAAUCAGGGAUCAAGGCCAUCGACUUCAUGAGGCAUCAGCCGUACCAGCUCAAUUCUGCCAUGUUCUGUUUUGGGGAGACUCCGAGCUCUGGUGCCCAGGCCUCCACAAGCCAGACAGCCCAACAGUCCAGCUUGUCCUUCACCCCAGCCAAACAAGCCCCUGUGAAAACCGCCCGGACCUAUGAAAUCCGCCGCUUCUCCACACCUGCCCCAAUGCCAGCUUCGGGCGGUCUGGCUCCAACUGUGUUGGCUCCACGCUCUGCCACCACCUUGGAUGAGCCAGUGUGGAGGACAGAAAUGACCUCCACCUCUGCGCCCGUCUCCCCUGGGCCUUUCCACGUGGCUGCCCCCCAAUACCAGAGCUCCCCUGAACUUAGUGAGGCUGGCCGAGGAGGGGCUUCUCCAAGCCGACCCUCGUCAUCCUCCAGUUUCCAAGUAGCCAGGCCCAGGUUCUCAGCAGCCCAGACGGGGAUGCAGGCACAUGUCUGGAGACCAGGCUCUAGUCAACACUGAGAGAAGACAGCUCUUUCCUGUC